AUGCGAGCAUGGUUUGGAUACCCUCAAGCCUGUCCUUAUAUCGGCACGCGGGGUAGAAGUGUGCUCAAAACUGGAUAUAUCAUCAUCAGCUUUGUAACGAAGGGUCAGAUGCUCUCCAAUACCUUGGCAGAUCACCUCUUGGGAGACAGGAUACGAAGACGGACUCUUUUCGGUGAUCUUGCGAAGAUCAUGCUCUCGCUUAAUCGAGUCAAAUUACCGCAAAUCGGAUCCCUGAGUUUGGAUGAUAAGGGUAUAGUUCAGUUGAAAAACCGACCUCUAACACUGCGACUCCAAACAUUUGAAAACGAGGGCAUUCCCACAAUACCAAGGAACUGUACGUACCAGUGCGUGGAGCCUUAUAUUCUGGAUCUUUUACAGUUACAUGACAACCGCAUACAUCAUCAGCCGAAUGCUAUUCAUAAUCUGAAUGAUGGCCAGGAGCAAUUCGCAGCUCUAACCAUGAUGCGUGGUCUCUUACCUCAAUUCAUUUCCCGGCAAUAUCGUAAUGGCCCAUUCGGGCUUACGCUCACUGACCUACAUCCAAGUAAAAUCUUCGUUGACGAAAACUGGCACAUUACAUCCUUGAUUGAUUUAGAAUGGGCAUGUUCCUAUCCCAUUGAGUUACAAACGCCACCUUACUGGUUGACUGGCCGACCUAUUGAUGAUAUUGAACAUGGAGAGCAUCUUCAGACUUUUGAAAAUGCCAUGACCGAAUUUCUCGAUGCCUUUAAGGAACAGGAAAAAGACUUUCAGGCCCCUGGUGCUUCCCAAGCUGAGAUAAUGGAAAAAUGCUGGGUCAAAGGAAGUUUCUGGUAUUUCCAAGCCGUCCAAAGCCCGAAAGGCCUUCUCCGGGUUUUCAACGAGCAUGUUCAGCGCAUGUUUUGUGAAGAGCACUGUACUCAGCGACUGUUCGAUCAAACUGUCAGCCCUUAUUGGGCUGUGGGCGCCGAAAGCUUCAUUCAAACGAAGGUCGAGGAAGAGGCUGAGUAUAAAAAUCGACUAAGGAAGCGGUUUGAGGAGGUUGGUUAA